AAUGGAAAUCGGUCCAGAUGGAAAGCCGUGUCGUGCAUGCGUCAGUGUAGAGGAUAUGAUGAAAAAAGGCAGAGAAAUGGCUGAAAAAAUAAAGAAAAAAGAAUCCGAGACGACGCCGAGCACGAGCACAGGAGCGAAGUUGCACGGAUGUCCAGUAGACAAGGAUGAGCUCGGCAGAUCCACGUGGAAUUUGCUACACACAAUGUCGGUUUACUACCCGGAAAAGCCUACCGACGAGGAUAAGGAUCGAGCCAGAAGUUUCAUGUCUAUUCUAGGAAAAACAUAUCCCUGCGAUUUCUGCGCCAAAGAUCUCCGAAAAGAUCUGAAAGAAUCGCCGCCAAAAGUGGAAAGCCGCGAGGCGUUUGCGCUAUGGAUGUGCCAGCUACACAAUAAAGUCAACGAAAAAACCGGAAAACCAAAGUUCGAGUGUCGAGAUGUGAUGCAAAGGUGGCGAGACGGGUGGAAAGAUGGAUCGUGUGAUUAUUAAUUGAGAAGAAUAAAUAGAAUAUAUCAAAGAUUUUUGUACAGAAUUCGAAAAUAAAGUAUGAAAAAAUUAAA